UGACGGAGGAAUAUCACACUGUGUGUGAUACCAAAAGUGAAUGAGCGGGAGAAAGUGAAGUAACAGGCUGAACUUAUGACAACUACCAGAGGGAGACCGCUGGAGGAAGAGUGAUUCCAGAUCUGCCAACACACCUUGACAGGAGUCUCCUAAUUGGAUUAUCUGCUUUCCUGACAUCUCUCCAUUAGUGUCCAUACCUAACAACCAUCGCCAUGGGUGAAAUGGAGCAAUUGCGAAAGGAGGCGGACAGUCUCAAAGACCAGAUCACUGCAGCUCGUAAGGCGGUGCAGGACACCUCACUGCAGGAGGCAGCAGGUGGGAUCACCGUGGUGGGGCGUGUCCAGAUGAAGACCAGGAAAACGCUAAGGGGUCACCUUGCCAAGAUCUACGCCAUGCACUGGUCUACUGACUCCAAGCUCUGUGUCAGUGCCUCACAAGAUGGAAAACUCAUAGUGUGGGACAGUAUCACAACCAACAAGGUGAAUGCCAUCCCACUCAAGUCAUCGUGGGUGAUGACUUGCGCCUAUGCACCUUCGGGAAACCUAGUGGCUUGUGGCGGUCUGGACAACAUGUGCUCCAUCUACAAUCUCAAGGGCAAGGACGGGAACGUCAAGGUCAUGCGUGAGCUGGCAGCACACACAGGUUAUCUGUCCUGCUGUCGUUUCCUUAGUGACACCGAGAUCAUCACCAGCUCCGGCGACUGCACUUGCGUACUAUGGGACAUUGAGACAGGAACCCAGAAGACCAUCUUUGCAGGACACCAGGGAGACUGCAUGUCUCUGGCCGUGUCCCCAGACUUCAAUUUUUUCAUCUCAGGGGCGUGUGACUUCACGGCCAAGCUGUGGGACAUCAGGGAGGGCGCAUGCAGACAGACCUUUGGAGGGCAUGAGAGUGACAUCAAUGCAAUUGGGUUCUUCCCCAAUGGUAACGCAGUGAUAACCGGGUCAGAUGAUGCUACUUGUAAGUUGUACGACCUGCGAGCUGACCAGGAGCUCAUCACCUACCAGGACUCCAGCAUCAUGUGCGGGGUGACCUCCCUGGCACCCUCCCUGUCUGGACGCCUGUUACUGGCUGGCUAUGAUGACUUCAAUGUCAACAUCUGGGACGCGCUCAAAUCUGAGAGAGUGGGAGUGCUGGCUGGUCACGACAACAGAGUGAGCUGUAUCGGCGUAUCCACAGAUGGCAUGGCGUGUUGCACAGGAUCCUGGGACAGCUUCCUCAAGAUAUGGAACUGAGACUGUUCCUCACCAGUGAGCAGAAAGGGAGCAGUUAACAUCUGCCGGGGAGAAAGUGAAGAAGAUAAAAAAGAAAUUGGAGUUUGAGGGAGGGAUGAGGGACGAGGAGCCACAUAGGGUGAGAAGAGGGUAUUUUAAUUGUGCCAAGUCUUAUCUGAUGUCGGAGAGGAGUUGUAUUGUGAAGAUUCUCUCCUCUCUCUGUCACAUUGCGCUCUCAGCUUUCUUCUCACGU